CAUUAUAAAUACCUGUCCCUGUAUACCGGCCAUAUAGAUGGACGUGUCUGUGGAAGGUGUGUGACAGUUUGAGACUUGUGCUAGGGGUAGUUUCUUUUGGUGGAUCAGUAUAUAUAGCAUACGUGAGGAGAACGCCUCCGAGUAUUUCGUUACGCUCACUUGGUUCCUCCUCCAGCUAUAUGUACAAUAGCUACAUGUAUGUAGGAAAGCCGGUUUGUAUAUCACACACAUACGUAGUACAGGUAUGAUGUUAAUAACAUCACUUCAUUAAUCUGGUGUAUCUGUGAGUCAAACUGUGUGUUUUAAGGGGAAAGUGUACAAAUAAUUGAAAGUCUCAUCGGAUUAAUAAAGGAUUCAGAGGAGAAUAGAGUGGACAGGCGAAGGAGGGAGUCAAUAUGGAAAACACAGGCUACCAGCCAGAUGACGAUGCGGGUCCGAGACAGAGAAAGACUGUCAGUAAUGGCGGCAUGGUGUCAAGGAAGGAGAAAGUCAAAAUGAAGAAAAAUGUCGGACUCAUCAGUGGAAUAUCGUUCAUUGUUGGUUCUGUGAUCGGUUCUGGCAUAUUCAUAUCUCCUAAAGGAGUGCUUACUGAAACUGGGUCAGUUGGCCUCAGCCUGAUUGUGUGGGUAUCUGCCGGGAUUCUCUCUCUUCUGGGUUCAUUGUCAUACGCGGAAGUUGGUUGCCUGAUAACCAAGUCGGGAGGCGAGUAUCCAUAUCUUUGGGCGGGACUAGGGAGGAUACUCGCCUUUCUAUUUGCCUGGACAAAGAUCAUUGUGUUAACCCCUUCAGCUGUUGCAAUCAUCACCCUUACCUUUGCCGAAUACAUGGUCACAUUUUUCGACUACUGUGGCGCUCCUCAAACACCUGUCAAAGUCAUUGCGGCAUUGGCUAUCCUUACUCUGGCCAUCAUUAAUUGCUGGGACACGAAGCUAGCCGCAAGUGUACAAGUGUUCUUUACCGCCGCCAAGCUCAUAGCCCUCGUCAUCAUCAUCAUUGGCGGAUUUGUAUGGCUUGGACGAGGUGAGACAGCCACCAUGCAGUCAGGAUUUGCUGGCACGACGGGUUCGGCAUCAUCCAUUGCUCUGGCAUUUUACGAUGCACUUUGGGCCUACGACGGAUGGAACACACUUAAUUACGUGACAGAGGAACUACGGAAUCCAUAUGUAAACUUACCUAGGGCGAACAUUUUGGGUGUGAUCCUCGUAACAACGGUCUACCUACUGGCCAACAUCUCCUACUUAACGGUGCUAGGGACUGACGGGCUCCUGGAGUCGAGUGCUGUGGUCGUGACAUGGGGAGAGAAGGUUCUAGGAUCCGCUGGAAUCAUCAUGCCAAUUUUUGUAUUGUUUUCUACCUUCGGUGCAGCCAACGGUGCCAUGUUCGCCGGAGUAAGGACGCUGUACGCGGCGGCCAGAGAACAACAAUUCCCUGAAGUGUUGUCGUAUGUCAGCUGUAGACGUUACACUCCAAUACCUUGUAUCAUAUUCACGACGAUCCUUUCCCUUUUGAUGUUGAUACCAGGCAAUAUAGGAAGUCUUAUCGAUUUCUUCAGUUUCGCCGCCUGGCUGUUUUAUGCGCUCACUAUAUUAUCGUUAGUUGUUCUUCGAUUCACCAUGAAGGAUGCACAUCGUCCUAUUAAAGUCUUCAUUUUGUUCCCCUUGAUUUUCAUGGCCUGUUCUAUAUACCUUGUGAUAGCACCUAUUAUCCAGGACCCCGCCAUCGAGUUCCUGUAUGCCUUUAUAUUCAUACUCGGAGGUCUCGUUUUUUACGUGCCCUUCGUCCACUUCCAAAUAGAUCAUGGGUGUUUCCGGCCUGUCACAAGAUUUAUCCAGUACUGGAUGGAGGUUGUUCCGAGCCCGUACGAGCCUGAGGAAGGAUAAGGAGCCUGACACUGUCAUCAGAGAGUUAUCUGGUUGUUUUAUAAUCCAAUGAAGCACGGCAUAAUUUCCUAUAUUUUAUAUAGAUUGUAUUUGGAACAAGAACUGAUUUACAUUGUGUAUAUUGUGGUGAUAGAACUGAUUUACAAUGUGUAUAUUGUGGUGAUAUAAAACAAUACAGGAAUCUGACACGAAUUUCCAUCCCAUGCUCCAUAUCAGGGACGUACAUACAUAUCUAUGUAUGGCCCUGUCCAUACACAUUAUCUUAGGUAUCUCCUUGUAUAUAUAUAGAUCCUGAGUUAGAAAUUCGUACCAUGUCACCAUGCACAAGAACGCGAACUGAAGCCAUACCAUAUUGGUAUAUCGAAAUAAAGAAGAUGAGUCAAUUAGAAUUCGUUCGGUGUAAUACCAUGUCCCCGAGUAGCACUUCAUUGAAAUUAUCUACUUAUGCAUUUGCAAUAUAUAUAUAUUUAUCCUGCAACUGCCACCGCAUUGUCGGAAUACACCCACCGU